UCGGAGUUCCAUCCUCUCAACUCCAAACUACUAGUAGCCAAAAUAAGUCCACUGGUGGUAUAAGAUUCCGCAUAACAUCUCCCUAUAAUGUUCGAGCUCUAACUCCUCCUGAAGAGGAGAGUGGUAAUGAGCUUUGGAAAUAUGUUCAAAGCCAUUUAGUGCGAACACCACUGUCACCGAUACCGAGCCGUGGUCACGUUCGAGGGCUUCUUGAAUGCCUAUCCCGUACUCGGGAUGUUGAAUUUAAUCCACAGGCGCAAAAGCCAUUCAAAGAAGUGAGAGAUCAAGAUAUAUCGGCCAUGAUUAUUCAAGUCACUGGGAGGAAAGCUCAUAGGGCGUGCCGUGGAUGUAAAGAGGGAAAAGGGCCAUUCAAAGGCUGUUAUAUUAUUCCCGCCAAUGCCCCGCUACAUCUUCGCCGGUCGAUUUCAGGCUGCGCCAACUGCUAUUACAGUCGUAUCCAGACUUAUUGCGACCUAAAGCAAUGGUCGAUUGAGACUUAUCCUGAGUUGUCAGGCAACAAUGUUCCCAAAAAUACAGGUAAACGGCAACUGACUGAAUCGAAUCCUCCACAACCAAACGAAACCAAGAGACUACCAGCCAGGCGAUCUCUAAGAAACAUACUAAAGCAAGAGCGUAAGAGAAAUAAAGUGAUUGUUCGUUCUAAAUCCAACCAGUCUCCAAUACACCAACCAGUCCGCAAAACUCAGCCUACUAAUACAACUGGGAGAUCUGAUAUUCAUAGCAAUGCGAGUACAAUCGCCAUCAAUCUGGGUCAGAUGAUCGAACUAGAAACAUGGGAGGUUGCUCCUGGUCGUAUCCGGGAUGAAGCGAGAGAUACCGUUGACAAUUUCGCGUUUUCUACCGCUUACCUAGCGCAGAAUAAAUCAGUUACCAUAUGUCGCGAUAUCUCAUUCCAAGUUAUUACCAUCAAGCCAGGCACCGUUCACAGCUGGGAUGCAUGCACCUCGUAUCUACGGCUGUGCUCAGUCGGUUCUGGCAAGCUCCAGGUCAAGAUACAUGGCCAGGAGUUUCUGAUAGGGCCUCAUGGAAUGGUAAUGAUCAGGCCUGGUGCAGACUGUACCGUUACGAACAAGCUUUAUAUAGACGCUGUGGUUCACGUUACGAUCGUACCAAAUGAUUUAUACGAAUAGGGUCUUGAUAUCUGGGAAUAUUGAUGUUGAUUCUAGUUCACCAGCGUUUAAAUAUACCCGUUAUAUGUAUCUAGGCACCUAUGCUAGCUAUUACACUCAUUAAAAUGUUUCAAUGAAAUCACAUGGACCUGGUAA